ACUUCUUGAACGGUAGUGUGCAUUGGACCGUGUCGUGCUAACCAAAGUUUGUUGGAAAGUAAUUGUGGAAAUUAAGUAACUGCUCUCUUCUGUAUUUUAAACUCUUAUUUAGCAGUUUCUCUCAAGGUAAAUGCUAUUCUCCGGGAGAAGAAGGGGAGAGCAAUGUUGUAUGCACGCAAUGUAUACAGUCUUUUUACAGUUGUCUCCCUUCUCUCUUCAAUCGGUUUUCUAGAUGCGUCAUCCGGCUUGCGUAUCACAGUAACUGAAUCGACAUUAGAUAUGGUCAACCAAGCAGAAAUAAAAGCAUUUCAGACGGAUUUAAAUGGCAAAAGAUUCGAUGACAUUGGUGAAUCUACCGGAGACUUAUCAUGGAAAGUUUCAAAUAUCCAUGUUCAGCACGUAGGAUCAAUGACACCAAACAUUAAAUUACAUAGCACCGGUCAGAUUACGUGGACGUGUUACAUAAGUUCAUUAAAGGUGAACGGACGUUGGAAUGCAAAAUUGUCAGGCUGGUUACCUCUCUCGGCUUCAGGCGAUAUAACAGCAACAGUCUCCGGGACUUCACUCAGUAUCUCUCUAACUUUAUCGGAGAACUUUGGAAGUCUCGGUAUAAGUCUCAGUCAGUGUUCAGCGCAGAUCGGAAAUUUUAACCUCCACUUUUCUGGUAAUCUACUGGACGGGCUUCUGAAUUCACUCACUGAUAUUUUUGAAAACGAUUUGAAAAUGGUUCUACAGAAGACGAUUUGCAAUCUUGUGUCAAAAGGGAUGGUGGACAUUUCAGCCGAUAUGAAGAACAUAAUGACCUCGUUUCCAAUUCAGGUUAUUGGAAUUCCACUGACUCUUGACAAUGCCUUUACACAAAUAGCAGUCUCAAGUGAUACUAUAUCAACCUAUCACAAGGGAGCGGUGCAUUGGUAUGAUCAUACAUUUUACUCGUCUGACGUAAAUCGAUUUCCGGCUGCGCGCACAUCACAUGGCAUAGCGUUUGAUCUGAAAGAAGAUGUGUUUAAUAAUUUGCUGAAAACAUACGUAGAAAAUGGAAACCUAGAUGGAAUGAUCGGUUACUCAAGG